UCUGGUCAAAACCAGUACGCUAAGCAGGCCCUAAAUGAAACAUUUGACUCAGAAAUCCAUUUACCGUAAAAUUUGAUCCCAUUUUCCCAUCCAGAAAUUACCUUUCUCAAUUUUGCUGCUUUUACAAAUCUGAUAUGGCGUCGCCGUCUGAUCCAUCCAAACAGAACGUUGUAAGGAAGCAAAACAAAGGUGCCCCGAUCAAAUUCUUGGUUCCUCUAAUAUAUGCACCAGUUCUUCCUCUUAUUCGGCUAACGCUCCGCCACAGGCCGGUUUUGAGGGAUCGAUUAUUUACUGGGGUUCUGGCUGGAGCCUUCGCUCAUGGGUUAUACUUGGUAACAGAUAUAUAUGACAUUGAAAGCAAGUGAAUUGGCUGAAGAAGCAUUUUCAUGAUUCUACAUCUUGUAUGGAUGGCUUAAACGUUUAUCAACUUUGGUAAACAAAUUAUUUGCUCUUGUUAUGAACACGGGGUUCUAAUUCCUCUCUCGUGGUGGAUUUCCUUUUGUUAAGAUUGUUAUAUGUGAUUGCUGAAAAUUCAGUAGUUUUAGUUUAGUUUAUAAGUUUGAGGGAGCAUAAUUAAUUAAGUAAAUUUGUUCGAGCGGAAACCUUUUAUUAGAAUUUACUGCUUACAAUUUCAGUUUGAAAAAUAA